GAUUUUUGUGACUUGGUCUCAUUUCAGAUGAAGUGGCUAUCUGUCCUGCCCCAACAGUGUAUUUUGCUGAUGACAUGUCUCCUAAUGGCCUUGGAAGCUGUACCUAUAGACAUAGAUAAGACAAAAGUCAAAGGAGAAGGCCACGUAGAAGGAGAGAAGGUAGAAAAUCCAGAUACAGGACUUUAUUAUGAUGAAUAUCUCAGGCAAGUAAUAGAUGUCUUGGAAACAGAUAAGCAUUUCAGGGAGAAACUCCAGACUGCUGACAUAGAGGAAAUAAAGAGUGGAAAACUAAGCAGAGAGCUUGAUUUAGUAAGCCACCAUGUGAGAACACGGCUGGAUGAACUAAAAAGACAAGAGGUGGCAAGAUUAAGAAUGUUAAUUAAAGCUAAAAUGGAUUCUGUUCAAGACACUGGCAUAGACCAUCAGGCUCUCCUUAAACAGUUUGAGCACCUGAACCAUCAGAAUCCUGACACAUUCGAACCUAAAGACUUAGAUAUGUUGAUCAAAGCAGCUACAAGUGACCUAGAAAACUAUGAUAAGACCCGCCAUGAGGAGUUUAAGAAAUAUGAGAUGAUGAAAGAACAUGAGAGGAGAGAGUAUUUAAAAACACUGGAUGAAGAAAAGAGGCAGCGAGAAGAAUCCAAAUUUGAAGAGAUGAAGAAAAAACAUGGAGAUCACCCUAAAGUUCACCAUCCUGGAAGCAAAGAUCAACUGAAAGAGGUGUGGGAAGAAGCAGAUGGACUAGAUCCUAAUGAAUUUGACCCCAAAACAUUUUUCAAAUUACACGAUGUCAAUAAUGAUGGUUUCCUGGAUGAGCAAGAAUUAGAAGCCCUAUUUACUAAAGAGCUAGAAAAAGUUUACGAUCCCAAAAAUGAAGAGGAUGACAUGGUUGAAAUGGAAGAAGAAAGGCUGAGAAUGAGAGAACAUGUAAUGAAUGAGGUUGACAUCAACAAGGACCGGCUAGUGACUUUGGAAGAGUUCCUGCGAGCUACAGAGAAAAAAGAAUUUUUGGAGCCAGAUAGCUGGGAGACACUAGAUCAACAGCAGCUCUUCACUGAGGACGAGCUGAAGGAAUUUGAAAGUCAUAUUUCUCAGCAGGAAGAUGAACUUAGAAAGAAAGCAGAAGAUCUUCAGAAACAGAAGGAGGAGCUACAGAGGCAGCACGACCAGCUUCAGGCUCAGAAACAAGAGCUUCAGCAGGUUGUAAAACAGAUGGAACAAAAGAAACUACAGCAAGGAAAUCCUCCUGCAGGACCAGCUGGAGAACUGAAAUUCCAACCCCCUGGGGACCACAAAAUUGGAGAAGCACCAAAACAUCCUGCAGGAGGUGAUCAUUUACCACCACCAGGACAUGUCCAAGAACCAGCUGCUAGAACUGAUCAAGUUCACCCUUAACCACUUGUGCCUCACCUUUAUAGCUUCUUUAUUAUUUGGGGGGUGGGGGGGUGGGAGCAGGAAAUCAGAGUGAAACAUGAACUCUCCACUUUCUUCCUGAGGUUGUAAAAUCAUUGGGACUGUUAGAGAUGAAGUAUCAAUCAGAUUUGAAUAAUAAAUUAAACUAAUUUUCUCUCCAA